GCGGUUCAGCCCGGCAGUGUCACGUGAAAAUGAGCAUUGCUUUUCGGUGUGUUUCUUAUCGCGUGGAUACGUAAAUGCGUGAAUAGAAUGUGCACGAACGUCUUAAGCGGAAUUCAGUGUGAGCGAGUUAUAUGCUAAGCUAAUUAAAUGCCGUGUAUUCAAAUCUGUGUCUGUGUAAAUCGUGGAUUAAAGCACUGGAUUAAGGGGUAUCAACAAGGGUAACGGUACAUCACAUAUCUGGACAUUCAUGAAAUGGAUUUUGUGAAGUGAUCUCUAUAGAACGAACUUCAAAGUGAACACUUGGACUUAGGUGGGAGGCUAAGUGGAGUAGAUCCGUCAAUAUUGACAAAGAGGUGAGGUUCGUUGGGUACCUCAGGCCUUGUUCUGGUGUUUGACAUGUGGUCACUAGGUUACCGAGUUGCACGAGAUUUGUGCCUGCCGUUUACAUGGGGUUCCUCUGGCCCGAGUCAGUCAACGGUAGUUCAAUAAAGAACGAAAAAUGCCAAACUUCGCCCAUAAGUGCCAAAAAGAACGUCAACAACUUCUGCAACGAAAAGGAGAAGGAGGAAGGCAAGAACAAUACAGUUCCACAAUGUGGACCUGUUACAUUGUCACCGUUGUGCUUCUUUUCUUCGCGCAGCCCACCUCGACGGAAGAGUUACGGCGUCUACCACUGUAUUUCCUCAACGAGCCGCCUUCAUCAGUGCAAUUCUCGAACGCGGCGGGCGUGGUUGUUACCUGCAACGCUGGCGGAUCGCCUCAGCCGAGCAUCGUCUGGCAUAAGAGUGACGGAGAGGUAAUCUCAGAAUCAUCUUCGGACGGGCUACGUUACGUAAGGAGCGAUGGUUCACUUGUGUUUCGGCCUUUUGAUGCCAAGAACAUUCGGCCUGAAGUGCACUCGACCGUAUACAGGUGUGUCGCUCAUAACGAGCAUGGCACCCUAGGAAGUCGAGACGUUCGUAUUGAAGCUGUUGUGGACGUCCUACCAGGUAGUGAAGUAUCUGUCAGUGAAGUAUCAGCUGUUCCGCUAGGGGGUACUGCGGUGCUACGAUGCAUCAGCAACACUCCGGUGCGUGACUCUCUCGUGAUCGUUUAUGCAUGGCAGACCGAUGAUGGAUUCUCUUUAUCAACAAGCGACAGUCCCGCAGCUUCCGUAAGUAGCAAUGCCGUAAUUUCCGGCCAACAGCAAAGCAAGUAUAUAACGUCGCACAAUGGCCGGGUGUUACUGGUUAAGUCGGUGACGCUUCACGACGAGAAACGGCGUUUUCGCUGCUCCAUCUAUAAUAAAUUAACGGGCAGAAAAGUGAACAGCGUCAACUGGGCCAAAAUUGCCAUCGUUAAUGAUGUGGUUAAGGAUUCGCCUGCGAGAAUGCUCGAAUGUGUUCCGCGUAUAACGUUAACUGAAGGUGAAACUUUGAGGCUUUCGUGCGCAGCUAGUGGUCAUCCAAGUCCCACGUAUCGGUGGUUCCGCGUAGCACCCCACAGCGCGCAACAAAAUGCAGUUAUACCGCAACCGUUAAGAGCAGCUGCAUCAGAGCAACCUUUGCUUCGUCAACUGUUGAUUAUUAAUAAAAUGACGUUAGCUGACUCCGCUAGCUAUAUCUGCGUGGCCAACAACUCCUACGGUGAAGACAACUGCCAUACACAAGUCGUUGUUACUGCUCCAUUGGAUGCUGUAAUGCUGCCGCGAUUGCUGUCUGUGCGCAGUGGAGAUGACGCCACGGUGAACUGCACCUACCGCGGCGGCCCCGUCGCUCAAGUUUUCUGGACAAAGGACCAAAGGCCACUAAUAACGGAUCAUCGAGUACGCCUCUUAGGCAGGCUCGUACUCCACAUAUCGGCAUUUCGGCGCUCUGAUCAGGGAGUAUACCAAUGCUACGUAUCGGGAAAUAACGACAACAGUCUUCGAUCAGAUUCUGCGCAAGGAUAUGCAUAUCUCAAAGUGCAGGAGGUGGCUCCUGUACUCUCGGAUACGUUCAGCGCCUCGGUGCGAAAACAGGGCGAACGGUUGUCCCUUCGCUGUGUCGCAACUGGCUCACCAUUGCCUCAAGUUUCAUGGCUACUGGAUGGGCAGCCCGUAAGCGAAUCGGGGAGUACUCAGCAGGGGGACUUUGUUCAACCCGAUGGGUUUGCCGUAGUUUCUUUCGUGAACAUCUCUGCCCUCCGCGUUACUGAUGGUGGUGAUUAUUCGUGUAGAGCUUCAAAUGAUGUUGGCACAGUGGAGCACACGGCUAGGAUUGACGUGGCAGGUCCUCCAUUUAUUCGAGCAAUGCGUAACCUUACAGCCAUAACGGGCUCCGACUUCCGCCUUCAUUGUCCUGUGUCUGGGUACCCCAUUGAAGCUGUGCACUUGGAAAAAGAGGGUCGCACUAUUCGCGUGGGGAGUAGGCAUCGGAUGACCAAACCCGGUCAACUCCUCAUACAGGACGUGAGGCGGGAGGAUCAAGGUGUCUAUAGAUGCGUCGUUCAGGGAGCCCAAGGAGAAGUCUUUACAAGGGACGUCUACGUACAUGUCGUAGUUCCACCAAAAUUGGCCCCAUUCGCAUUUCCGUCACGAAUGCAAGCUGGUCAUCGAGCUACAGUAACGUGCGCCAUUGUUGAAGGGGAUUCACCGAUUAUAAUAUCGUGGCAGAAGAAUGGCAGGCCGCUCUUAAAUCACAAGGGGAUCCAGACGCUUCCUCUUUCUGAUUUCGUCUCGACCCUGAUGAUCGACCACGUUGAGAGAACGCACUCUGGAAACUUCACUUGUAUUGCUACAAACCGUGCUGCCGUCACCAACUAUACGGCACCGCUCAUAGUGCUCGCACCCCCAUCGUGGAGCAUUAAACCAGAGGACAAAACGGUGAUUGUAGGAUCUGCUGUAAGAUUUGAUUGUCGGGCGGAUGGUGAACCCCAACCAAUUAUUCGAUGGAAAGUCGCUAAAGGCGAUGACUUUCAUCCAAUCGUAUCUUCACCACGGAUCCACGUUCUUGAAAAUGGUUCUCUGACUAUACUAUCUGUGGAACGGGCCGAUCAGGGACAAUACGUGUGCGAAGCUAGCAAUGGGGUUGGUACCUCCGCUACCACAGCGCUUGCUCUGGCUGUCAAAGCUAAACCUAGGGUUUCGGGUGUACCAUCCGUUGUGAAACUUAAAAAGGACUCGCAAGCACAGAUCCAGUGCGAAGCAAUAGGAGACUCGCCACUGGAACUUAUCUGGAGCUUUAAUGGAACUCUAAUACGUCCAGAGCAUGAUGUUAGAAUUAGAAUGGAUGACCAGAUGAUGGCGACGGAUAAACUGGUAUCGACACUCCAAAUAGAUCAGGUUCGAUCUUCCGAUUCAGGGGUCAUCGAGUGUACCGUGACCAAUCCGUAUGGGCGGGAGAGCAUCCACACGCGACUCGUUGUUCAAGAUAAGCCCUCACCGCCGACGAAGUUACGUAUCAUUGAAACAACUUCAACGUCCAUUACCCUUCAAUGGGAGACCCCUCCGGAUGGCAACAGUCCGAUUAAAAGCUAUGUCAUUACCUAUCGUCAACAAGCCGACAGUUCGACGCCGGAAGAGUCGAUCUUAUCACAACAUCGUGCAAGUUUCGUAUCAGACGAUGGGUCUCAAAGCGCUACCAUGAAAAAUCUCUUGCCCAGAACAACGUACCAGAUAUCUGUUGCGGCUAGCAACGAUAUUGGCACUUCGCAUACUUCCGACACUCUCAACGUAACUACCAAAGUCGACCCACCUCAAAAACCACCACGAGAUAUCGAAGUACUCCCGGUCAGUUCCUCAAAGCUGCGCGUUCGAUGGAGGCGUCCUCUGGAUCCACCCUCCGUACCGAUCGGAGGCUAUUACAUUGGUUACCGCGCUAAUCAGGAAUCGGUAUUCGCAUAUGCAACACACUCACUCUUGAAUUUAGCACCCCGUGACGUAGAGGAGUUCUUUGUAACAGGACUCAAGAAACGCGCGAACUAUUGUGUUAUAGCACAGGCCUACAACGAACAAGGGAAUGGCCCUUCUUCGAAAGAAACCUGCGCAACAACGUUUGAAUAUGAUCCACCAGAGUCGCCUCGCUUGAAGCUGAUUUCCUCAACGGCCACAUCGCUCCACAUAUCUUGGGAGGCACGCCCUUCUGAUAAGGUGCAGGGCUUCAUCGCACACUACAAACACGGCAAUGGAGGCUUCGUAGAGGAACGUCUCAGUCGUCAGCUUAGCUCUAAGUUACUGUCGGGUCUGCAAUGUGGCACGACCUACACAGUCUAUUUGACCGCGUACAACGAUGUCGGCCAUAGUGAGCCAAGUGAAUUUCUCGAAGCUGCCACGAACGGAAAACCUCCGGUAGCACCUGCGGUAGAAGCACUAGUGGCUGACGUCAAUCAGACAGCGCUAAAGUUAUCCCUUAGCGCAUGGCGCGAAGCAGGCUGUCCUAUUCUAUUCUACGAGGUACGCUACAGGCCGAGAGAUUCUCAAGGUGAUUGGAUCGUUUACUCUAACCACAUCCCACGGGAACAGCAGACUGUUUAUAUCGCAGAGCUAACACCGAGUUCCUGGUACGACCUCUCUGUAUGGGGUUAUAGUGAAGCAGGGCAUUCAGAAGCUGCGUACCUUGUGGGUACUCUUACGCCUGACGGAAGAAGGCCGCCUCCACCACCACAACGGAUCAACACCGACACAGCGACACAACAUAGAGGGCAUCUUCAGGGCAUUCAGGGUGGCGCAUGGAUGGUGCCCCUCAUCUGUGUAGUGGCAGCCAUUGUCGUCAUCAUCGGAGUCAUUUCGGUGCUGGUGCUUUCCACGCGAAAACGAGAUCAAAGAUUACAGGAACUAUAUAACCAAACAGAUCCUGGUAACUCAAUGACAUUAAAGACCUACCCAAGUAUGGGGCAAAUGGGAGGUGGAGCCAUGAUGGGCACAAUAGCUAGACACAAUGCUGGCACGAUGGCCUCUUGCAAGACACUUUCGGCCUGUAGCAAGCAGUGCAAUGGAUCCACAAUGGGCCCGGCCUUUUAUUACCCCGCUAACUACUCGGCAACAGUUCGUGGAGAAGGACAACUCUACCCGAAUCCUACAGCGAACGGCGAAGAUGAUCGCCAGCAUACGUAUGAAGAUCCUUGCAAACUUAAGGAGCAACAGAUGCGAGCGGCUGCGGCCGCUGCUGAAAACGCGCAGACCUUAAAGCGCAAGGUACAGAUGGACUCAGCAGCUUUUGAAGGAGGUAAACAUCGUAUGCAAUAUUCAGACAACUCCAACACUCUGGAAGAACAUUCACCACCGUUUUUGGGUUCAGGCGGGCAACGUAUGUGUGGGCAAGGCAGCAUGGACGAGUUUGAAGAAAUGUCUGACUUCGGGGAGAACAAACAGGCUUGCUAUACUUCGUACGGUUAUAAAGUACCCCGACCCUAUCCAUCGACGAUCAACGAGGAGUCCUCUGUAUAUUCGGAUUGUACAUACCGAAGCUCAUGAGUGAGGAGCUGCAUUAUGAGUGUCAAGGUGUAGGUGCUGCCGUUCAGGCAACCGCCCAGUUAUGGUGGUUCCUUCACACGAGCCGGUAACAACAGUGUAGUUCAAUAUACUUUCCGAUAUUUGAGGCUAACGGUCUCUAUCCAGAAGUGCUUCCAUUUAUUUUCAGCUAAACAUAAUUAUUUUAGGCGUUAAAUUGUCGAUAGCGAGGGCACCAUAUGAGAUCGAAAUGGAUGUCGACAAUGAAUCUUUCAGUAGGGCGUUUAUUGCUGCCAGAAUGACCAAGUUUGGGUGCGAAAGUGUGGCAAGGUUGCCGUGAAAGGGAAAUUUACACAGGACCUUCUGGAUGUCAGUAGACGUACGAGCGUGCUUAAUGCAUGCCAUACUUUAGCCCCGCGUCAUGAAAAACAAACAUCAAGGACGAAAAAUAGGACAGGAAUUAAGAACAGCAAUGAGGUAAAUGAAGAAAUAAGGAGAAAGACCACCGCUGCCGCCCUUUUCAGCUCUGGGAACUUCUGAAUGAUGAGCUUGUCCAGCAAACAAGUAUCACAAAACCACCGAAUGACUAAUUAUUAUCAUUAUGUAAAUACUAAUUAUUAACUAUAACGAUUAUCACUAUUAUUAUCACCAUUGUCAUAGACGUUGAAAUAUGAUGAAUGAAUGGUUUUGUGUGUGCUGACGGUUUAUUAUAUAGAGAUACUGUAAAUAGGGAUGCGGUUGCAAAUCUGGAUACUGCCAGAUAUAGAUCAUUGCACAACCUGGUCUAAUGAUAGCAUACCGGGAUUAUGGUAGUUAAUAGUUACUCCUGUUCCCCACACCCAUAUAUAUAUAUAUAUAUAUAUAUGUAUAUAUAUAUGAACACUGUACAAAUCAGACCUGACCUUAGAGACUCCAGUUUAUCUAUAAACCCAAUUAAUUCUUCCAACCUAAAGAAUGUAUUUAGAGACCCAGCUAAAAUGAUUAUAAUAACGCUGUAGUUAGUGAACCGAUUUUAGCCAUGGGUAUUAUUAAUGUGGGUCACUGAACAGCCCAGUGUGCGCACGAAUUCGCAUAGGUACUCCUAAAUUGACAAGAGCAUACGCGCCCAUCACGCGAAGACAGGACCCAAAUACACAAAUAAUAUCGAACUUUUAUCACUAAAAACUGGAAAAUAAACGAAUGAAUAGUGAAUAAUACGCAAGAGUAACCAAUAUAUAGAAAAAUUAGACUGAUUCUCCACAACCAUUUAACUUAGGACUUUCUCUCUCUAGGUAUUAUUAGACAAAUAUCCGAACUCGCUUUUCUUUUGUUAAAGCUAGACAGUUUACCCAUGAAUUAAGCGUAUGGGUCAAUAUAGAAGAAUCUUAUGAAACGGUCUAUAUAAUAUUUCUAGUCGCCCCAUGGUAUUGUUUCGAGCUCAAUUAAUCCGUAGUUUUUUUUUUCAAUUUAAACCAGAUGUUAUUCUCUCAUAUUUCAUACACACUCUAAACACACUAUAUUAUUUAAGCGGCCAUAGGAAUAUAACAGACAAAAGCAUCGUUUCGGGAUAACGAACCAAGUCAAGUCACGUUCUUGAUAUCUUUCUAAAUUAUUCGAAAAUAUGCUCAAUUCUGUAGAUUUAUUCAACGACUUUCCCAUCAAUCUUUGAGGAGCGAUACGGUCAUUCUCGCCUUCCACCUACCCCCGCCCUACAAUAAAGUGCCUUUUAUAUAAUAACGUUGUUGUUUCUGUGAUAUAAGGAACGUAGAAGUAAUAGACAACAGAGCGAGUUCUGUGUAGGUCAGAGUCGAACUCCCAAAAGCCGAACGGCUUAUGCAGUACUGCAACGACCCCUUUGGUCAAUGGAAAUAGACACAGAAAAGAGCUACUAGCUAAUGAUAUAGUACAGAGAAUGAACAAUAAUUAUAAACGACAAUUUACCAUUACUACGACAAAAAACAAGAUUAAAAAAUAGAGAAAAAUUUAGUGACGCUGGACCAUAUUGGGCGGCACACAGUGUGGCUUAAUCGAAAGCGAUUAAUGUGAGUGGGUGUUGCAAAAAACGACAGCGAGAGUUCUACAGAUAUCCAGAUAUGUAAUAGGUUGGCAGGUACAAUAGAAACAUGGUCUGCCGGAUAGAUGUUUUUCUAGAUUUCACACAAAACAUAUUUGCCCCUUGAAGAUAGGGCAUGCAAGUAGAAGAUCAAGAAAUACAAGUAUCUUAAAAUUCAUGCCCAAUGUCUAGUUGAUGCUAGUAUGUUGCCUCAACGUCUAUUACAAAAAAAAAAAAAAUGGCCCAGCUUAUCGACAAGGACACUAAAUGAAUAGAUUCGAGAUCAAGUAGAAAGAUUUUUCUCAUAGCCCAACUUUUUUUGGAUAAACUAUUACAAAUACUGUUAAUCCUUGCAUAUAAUAACGUCGAUCGAAAUCAGUUGUGCCCUUUAUAAUGCAUGUUCGUUGUUUUUCAACUUGGUAUCCAAAGGUGGUGCAGUAUAAUAAUGACAAUAGGGUGAACGAACUUCCGACUUCAUCGGCCAAAAGUUACGUGAGCGACUGAAUCGAAGCUUUUACCUUUUUUUAGCCAACCAGCAAAAUCGGAUACGAACGGCAGAGGUAACAAAUCGUUAUAACUAGAACAACUACACGUGAAAUAUCAAGGAACGGGUCAAGAGAAGUUAAGCCGAAUUACAUUACGCCGAACUAGAGGUAGAGUAUGACCCUAUAAAUUAGUACCAUUUAGAAGAUUUGGCUGUUAGGAGGAUUGGGCACAUACCAAGUUAGAGUUCUCGAUGACUUGAAAUGAAAACUCGAGGAAGUUGUAUCUUGCCGAAGUAUGAGGUCCCCAUAUGGAGACCCAUUGCACUUCAAAAGCCGAAACUUCCGCCUUGGAUGCGCAAUGACCUAAAUAAUACAAUUUCAUAGUGGCUGAAUUCCUUUGCAAAGACUCUACCAGAAUACGUUCACAGGUGUCAGAAAGAGAACUAAACGGAUAGGCUAAUUGUUUGAGAAUUACCCUUAAAACGAUGUAUGAACUAGACACGCCGAUCUAUAGCAUCUGUCACUGCGCGUUUUUCUAAUAGUUAGAAAUUUGCGAGACCAUUAAAAGCGCUUAAGGGUUUUGUGAUAUUUUGUCAGUGAUGUGAUCCUCUUUGACUCCCAAAAGCUUCCUGUAGAUGUCCGUUUCUGAAGGCAAUAUUUCAGUAGGUGCACCAGUACACGCCAAGACCCGACAAAACCUAAGCUAACGUAUUCAUUUAAACUCAUGCCAAUUAAAUGAAUCUAUUCAAAUCGCGCACCGGCGAUAUCGGGAAAAGAGUCUUGUGCUUUGAGUGUUGGCUAUUGGAAUGAAUGUGGUCCAACCAAUUUUAUAAAAGAUUUUCUAGUGUGAAAUUGCUUGAAUGAGAGGUGGGUGCGUCAAGUCGAUCGUAAACAACAUGUAACAAUCGCCGCCUAAUCGCGCUAAAUAGUAAAUAAAUAUACUCUGAUCAAAAUGAAGGGGUGCGCUAUAGCUCAGAUCCGAGUGCUCAGUGGCUGAAUGCGUUAGGAAAUGGAGUUCGCAUACGUGUUACUACGUGUUCUACCGCGCGUUGACUUCGUGCAUAAACUGUCGCUCUCCGCUCGAAACUUCCCAAAUGAAUAUCGGGCCGUAGGGGAGCUCUGGUCUGCUCAACACAGUGUUCUUCUGACAGAUCAACAAGACAGUAGAUUACGGAAAACAACAAAUCAACAAAACAUAUAAACUACUGCUAUUGUUAAUACCACCACAACUACAGGAGUGUGUGUUAUUCGUGGUAACAGUUCAGUGAUUAGCAUGCGCUAAGUUGUAUUUACUGGAUGAUGAGGAUCCUAAAAACGAAAAGUGUAAAAAAAUAAAAAAAUAAAAAAAAAACGACCGUUGCCGCCUUUAAUAGGACGAGCAGUGAACGUCAUUCUGACUAUCGUUAACAACUGUUAUGAGGCUCACCUGAGAGCAUGGCGUCCACUGCGAUACCGAAUGCCUGUAGGUGCGAGUGAGGGUCAGGCCUCAUAGCGUUUUGCUCUCUUGUUAUUCAAAUACAGAAAAAGGAGAGAGAGGUGAGCGAUAGCUAUCAGCGGAACACAGACGAUUUCCCCUGUUCAGUAAGCGGUAUGUUAAGCGAACAUAAGUAAUGCUACUUGGAGAAUGAUAGUGUUAAACAUCCUUAAUUAUGAAAUAUAUUAUAAAGGUAAUAAUUCUAAUUAUAAAUAGCACCACAAAUGACAGUAUCAUUUUGCGAAGACUUUUAUGGGCCGAAGACGGUGGCGGCAUCAUCGGUAACGAACGGCAACCAAGCACAACAGCUACAUAAUGAUUGUGCCAUUAACUAUUAACAAUAACACUAAUAAUACUAAUUAAUAUUAUUAAAUGAAAGGUAAUAAACAUUUUGAUGAGCCA